AUGGCCGCAUUAAAAUAUAAGCUACCAUUUCUUGAUGGCCUCAAGCACGUUACUCGCCACGCAGAUGAAACAAAUGGGGUUAGUAUUGAGAAUUGCAUCGGGUUCGCCCAAGUCCCUCUGGGCAUUGCUGGGCCUUUGCGUGUUGAAGGGCCCGACAAUACAAGCGACAUAUUCUAUGCCCCGUUAGCAACAUGUGAAGCGGCUCUGGUUGCGUCCUGUUCACGGGGCUGCAAGGCAUUCAAUCAGUGCGGUGGCAUACAGUUUGAGAUCCUGGACGAGGCGAUGUCGCGAGCCCCAACUUUCAUAUUUCCGAGCCCUAAGGAGGCGGUCUCGUUUUCUCGGCUCGUCCCCAGCCUGCAACCCCGGUUUGCCGAAGAUGCCGCGUGUACAAGUCGACACGUGCAAUUGCAGACGCUUACGCCACACAUUAUUGGAUCUACCGUCCAUGUUCGAUUUUCGUUUCGCUGUGGAGAUGCAGCUGGUCAAAAUAUGGUGACGAUCGCGACUCAAGCAUGCUGCGACAACUUCAUGAUGUCGCCCCUCGCAAGGCAGCUGAAGGUGGAGAAAAUCCUUUCCGAAGCCCAACUAACAUCGGACAAAAAGCCCUCUUGGGGAAAUGUCAUGCAGACGCGGGGUGUGCAAGUGAUCUGUUGGGGUAAACUCACGACUGAGGUCUGCCAAAGUGUAUUUAGAUGCACUUCGGAAGAUCUUUAUCGAACUCUAGUUAUUGCAAAGGAGGGUGAAAUUCGGAAUGGUCAGUUUGGUAGCAACAUCAACGCCAGCAAUAUCGUUGUAGCCCUAUUUAUAGCAUGCGGCCAAGACGCUGCUUGUGCCGUCGACGGGUCAUGGAGUCAAUUGACUCCAGAGUAUAACUACCAAACGGGAGAACUGAGGCUAUCCAUGUAUUUCCCCUCCCUUCCCGUAGGAGUCAUUGGUGGCGGUACCUCAUAUGGAACUCAGAAGGAAUGUCUGGGUAUUUUGAAUUGUGACGGCCCUGGCAUGAAAGGUCGCCUGGCAGGGUUGAUAGCAGCAUUCUCCCUAGCGUUGGACGCAAGCACCGUUGCGGCCAUCACAGAGAACACAUUCUCUCACGCACACGAAAGGUUGAGGAAGAGAACGGGUAGUCGAAGAGAAUUCAAAGAAUAA